AAACUUGCAUGCAGCAGUUGAUUUUAUCAGUGUUUCAACCGCAAAGCGGCAAAUUGCUUUAUAAGCGUUUUAGUUUACAUUUUUUUUUAACUCUUCCCAGUUCCCAAUGCUGUCCAGAGCUUUUUUUCAUCAUGAAAAAUGCAUGCAAAGCGUUUUCAAGGUGCUCAGAUUGACAAAACACUUAACACAGGAUGUUCCUACCAAGCUUGUUACACAUUGUAACGACCAAUUCACAAGUCAGACCUCUCCCACCCUUGGAAACAAAAGAUAUGUUAAUGACCAUUCACACCUCAAAUUCCUCAUG